GUCGUUGCAAGCGACGAAGAGAUCAGGCUCACCUUCUCCCGCAGUGACAAGGAGGCACACCUUGCCGAAGCCUUGCUUGCUGGUGGAAUGACAGGUACCUUGGAUGCAACGCGCAUGUUCCGUGCGUUGCGUGCCGCCACAAGUGCCGGCAGCACCUGGGCGCCGCUGUGGCUCGGGGACGUUGAGCAAUUGCAGCUGGAAGGCAGUUGUGCUGCCAGGGAAGAGGACUCAGGGGCCGUGGCUCGCUGUUGCCGGAGGUGGUAUCUUGAGGCUGGGGCGCGCGGGCAUCCCGAUGCCGAGCAGCGGCUUGCCAGUGUGCAGGGCAUCAGCGCGACCUGCAAGUUGACCUCCGAGGCGUUUAACGCGGACAGCCUGAGUGUGAUCUCCCAGGCCACUGCCGAAUUCGAUCGGAACUCCAUGCAGCGCGCCCGCCUGCAGGGCGCAAUCAAG